AUGCCGUCGCUUCUUCUGGUAGUCUUUAUUCUCCAGCUGCUGCUCCACAUCAUCAACACGGUGGGCAAGAACACGGUCAACGAGCUGCUAUGGGUGCUUUACAACAAACUGCCCACACCUAGUUCUGUCUCUGCAAAGAGAUGCCAGGUGCUUAAGAAAGAAAUUGUACAGCUGAAGCGCGAGCUGGGCAACACGUCGCCCCAGGACAACUUUUCGAAAUGGGCAAAAUUGGACAGGCAGCACAACAAGGCCAUGGCCGAGUAUCAGAAACUGGAUGGCUCCUUGCGCUCGCACCAGUCGACCUUCACGUCUGCCGUCUCGACCCUUCGCUGGCUCGGGACGCAAGGCCUCCGCUUCGUCCUACAAUUCUGGUUCGCAAAGUCGCCCAUGUUCUGGAUGCCGGCCGGCUGGGUGCCGUACUACGUCGAAUGGAUUCUCAGCUUCCCGCGCGCGCCGCUGGGCAGUGUGAGCAUAAAUGUCUGGGGGAUUGCAUGCGCGAGCAUGAUUGCGCUUGCUGCCGAGGCGACGGCUGCAGCAUGGGUUCUCAUCAUGCACAAGCCGACACCUGUGGCUGCGGAAAAGCAACGCGAGAAGCAGGAGACCAUGGCAUUCAGCGCCAGCCAGAAAACGGCGGAGAAGAAGGAAUUAUGA